AGCGCGUUCCCUGGAUACACGCGUCAGGGAGUCGCCUCGCGUCAUUCUCGCCAGGUUCGAUCAAGCAGACGGCCACGGGCACAAGCAGCAACGGGCCAUCCAGAAACUGGCCGCACCCACACAACUCUCUGGUAUUUUUCUUGUCGAAGCGAUGCCAUGAUAGCGACUCACACGUCUGUCGAAGAUGCCGUCUAUGACCUCCUCGCGGCCAGCUCCUGCGGGCUCAUUGGACUCGGGCAACGGUGGACGCAGCGCCGCGGUCCUCGAGUUCAUUUGCCUCUUUACCCAUGACCUCCGCAAGAAGCAGAAGAGAUGGGAAGACGGCCGCCUCAGAUACCAUACCUUCAACAAGCGCGUCAUGGUCUACGAUGACCGCGGCAACUUUGUCGGAGAUCUGCAUUGGACACGUGAAGAAGAGUUUGGUGAAGGCGAAGAAGUUCAGCUGGAGCACGGGACCGCCAUUAUUCAGGUCAUGGACUGCGUCGGCCGCAAAGAGCAGGAUUUAUCGGAGUUGUUGGACAAGAGGGCGAAAGAGAAGGAACAGCGUCAAGCACGCCUUUUGGGGUGUCCGCCCCUGGCCGGCCCAUCACCGACCACCCCCGUUGCUGGACCCCGCGCCCAAGCACAUUUUCAAACUCGUCACCGGCCCUUAAAUCAUCUGCUGGGGACCCCGACAGGACACUACGGCCGGGCCGUGGUCCCGGCCGAGUCUCCAUUCGAGUUGCGGCAGAAAGCCGAUGGCAAUGCGAACGACAGCCCCGACUCGCGUCCUUCGAAACGGAGUAGACGCGACAUAACACCACCGAGCAAGAAGGGUUAUGCUCAGAAUUUAUUUGGUGCUACAUUGUCAUUGUCUGCUGUUCCACUGAGCUCGGCCCCCCUGCGACGAUCAGCGAAUUCCACCUACCGCGAGCAAGACACAUCGACACCUCAACAACAACCUGGGGAAGAUGCCAAACAAGGAGUCAACGAUGAAACCAGGCAUAACGGACAACUUGCAAGUGGCGUUCGGGGUCCAUCUUCUACCACUUCUGUGAAUUCAAGUUCACCGAAGAAGGCGGUUGCGGCGCCCUCCGUAAGAACAGGUGAGGAAGCUGGUGGACGCGAAGAUAGGAUCUCGCUUCAGUCUUCAUCAAAGAGUCUUCUUUGGUCUCAUGGAGGGAAAGCAGUCCCAAGGCCGCAGAGCGGAGGGUGUGAAUCGACCGAAGGCAUUGGCCGACCUACGACCUCCAUUGGCAAGAGUGGGUUGUUGACAGUUGCCGCCCGACGGUCAGAGGACCAGUCGCGAGUCCAAAGCGAGGAAAUGGCCCAGCGUAUACUGGAAUUUUCCAAGGGAACCUGUCAUGGCGAAUCGAGCACCAACGCGCAAGCCAGCGUGCCAGGGUCUUCGCGCUCUCAAGCGAUUGUCCUGGACGAAGCCACGAGCAUUGAAUCAAACCCGAGACAAAGAUUCGGGGAACCUAGGCGAGAAGUGAAUGAGAUAGCUGUUCCUCGCCACGACUCUCUGGGCGAGGCACCAAAGUCUUCCAAGAGUGACGGAUUGCCGCGAACGGCAGUUGAAACCCAGACUGCCGAACCGAGGCCGACGGGGGAGGACUUUGAAGAUGCCCAAAGGCCGCCAAUGGAGGAGAGAACGGAGCUGCGACUAAAGCGCCGACAAAAACGUGGCCUCUUGCUGCUUUCCGAGCAGAGGAAUCGAACAAAGCAACCACGAUCACAGGGUGCGCCAGCCGACGAGUCGAACCCCGCAGGCAGAGACAUAGAGCGGCCUGUCCACUCCGUCGCGGUUGAACCAAGUCUUGGAGCUGCCUGUCAAACUGCCGACGCUACCUUGUCGGCGCAACAGGGUGGAUCAGGUCCUUCUUCGCCCGCUGUUUCCGAGAACUCCUCAGAAGAACUCGAUCCUCUACCGCCACAGCCUUCACCACAUCAGGAUAGCCGGCGUGGAAGUAAGGUUGGGAACAACGCAGAUCCGUCGAUGCUGCAGGUGGGAACUACCACUUCAACUGAGCCUACAGAGAGACCAGUACAUCCUGCAGGCGCGUCAAAACCAGACAAUGAUACCGGCGCCGAGGAAAGUGAUACUGAGGAACUACCGCGUUCUUAUCGGGACAGGAGGAUGCGAUUGAGGGCUAAGGCUUCUGCACGAGCUCCCGAUGAACCGGACGACUCAGGUGGCCUCGACGAAGAAGCAUUAUCGGAAGCUCAGACAGAGAUUCCAACGUUGAGGCCCUCGCGCCGGACUCGCAAGACAGAGUGUAUGGAUGAUCAGGGGUCGGGUCGCCCGAGGAAGAAGGCUCGAAAGGUCGACUCCGAGGAUAGUGCCAAAGAGCUGCCUGGGGCUCAGGUUAAACCACGACUAGCCAAGCUCAGCAGGAAGAGCGUCAAAAGCAGGGAGAUUUUUGGGCUUGUACCCUCCUCCAGUCCUCCUGCCAUAUUGGCGAAUGCGGCCCGAGCAGUUGUCACUGAGGAUCGGGGAGGACCAUCUCCAGUGUCGGGCCGACCACAACCAUCCAUUCCUAAGUUGGCGAUUAAUUCUCAUGAAGCUGCUCCGCCUGCUGUUCAGCAGUCCGACUCGGAUCCUCAUAACAGGGCGAACGGACGACUGGAUGAGACGACCCGAAAGGACCAAGCGACAGCCACUGCAGUGCUACAGUCUGGUCAUAUGACGCGCCGAAGCGUCGCCCGCCCGACACCGAACGACUCCGCCGUAGGAAGCGGUAAUGACAAAGAAAUGGUUGCACGAGCCUCCACCUCCUCCGGGCCCCAGGGCAUUACCGCACCUGAAAAGGCUGUUGCUCAGGCGACAUCAAGGCCGCAAGGUGACACCGGGGAGAGAACACCCGCAGCGCCUGCAACGGACAGCGAAGUGCUGCAACCACGGUCAAACAACGAGCAGCCACGAUUGCCAGAACAGCCUCAAGCGCCUAUGAACAAUCCUGCCGACGUCGGGCCCAAUUCUCGUGAAACCAAGAUGAACGCGAUGCCACGUCCAGAUGGACCAGCAGCUGGGUCUGCCCGCCCCAGAAUAGCCAACCCAGCGACGCGGGGCCGUAAGGCUGCGUUAGAGUCCGACGCCGCAGGCCAAGUUCCUCGGUCCAUCCUGCCCCCGGAGCGAGCCCCUGCGUUGCUCGAAGGUACGCGGGGGUUACACGUACGGCCGGAACCCGCCGCCGCCGCCCGCGAAAGUGAGCGUCCCAAACGGCAGAUGAGGUACCCUGGCUUCACGUCAGCAAAGGGGGGCGGGCCCUGGAGUCGGGAAGCACACGAUCUGCUGGAGAGCGCUCGGCCCGAAUGAGGCCACGGUGGCUCAGUUUCCCCCCCCCCCCCC